UAUUUCAAGUGUCGUCUUCUUUCCCCCCCAUCUCGCGAUAUUUCCUCAAUGUCUGUGUCCUUCAUGUGAAAUCCAAAAUGGGUUAUUGGGAUCUGCAAGAGGGGAAAGAUUGUAUCGAGAAAACAUGGAUCACCACUAAAUUGGGCACAGCUCUAGGGUUGGUGGGUUCAGCCUAUCACAUUGUGGCAUUCCAGCCUGAUUCCGCAAUCCAAGCUGUUCAGAGAGCCACAAAUGGCACAGUAACCAUGGCUGCCUUGGGGGCGAUCUUUGGAAUGACCACUUGUCUAGCUGCACAGGCCCGGGAUGCUCCUGAUGAUCCGGUGAACUAUUUCCUCGGAGGCUGUGCAUCAGGAGUCUUUCUUGGAGCUCGUACUCACAGUGCAAUGACAGGCACGACGGCAUGUAUUGGGCUGGGGACACUGGCCAUGUUCACUAAGGUGGGCAAGAUGGAGGGCUGGAGAUUAGCUGGACCACCCAGGAUGUAAACAGCCCAAGGGGGAGACUAUAUAUUGACACGUAUAUUGUAUAUUAAAUAUUCCUUGAAUAAACUUGUGUAAAAGAGUGUCUGACAGUCUGUAUCCUGCACCUCCCUGCUUUAGCCACAUGGUGGAAACAUUGGCUAUCUUCCCAGACAAUUUGCACCAAUCAACAGCAAUUGAAGAUUGUGUGUGUGUGUGUCAACUUAAACAGUGGUGUAAAGUACUUAAGUAAAAAAUACUUUAAUGUACUACUUAAGUUUUUUAAAUAUAUAUCUGUACUUAAUAAUUUAUAGUUUUGACAACAUUUACUCCACUACAUUCCAAAAUAAAAUAAUGUACUUUUUCCA